CCUGAUGGUGGUCAGACUGUAUCAGUUCCGUCUGGAGUCUUGUUUGGUAGAGUCGCAGUGCAGCAUGAGAAAGUUCUUCCUAGUUUUAACGCUGGCGCUGGCGCUAGCUAGUGCCGAAACGACCGAGGACAAGGAAGAUGCGGUUCCGGAAGAGAUCGUCGAGGAGAUCAAGGCGAGCGACGAAAUCCCUGAAAAUGAUGAUGGUGGUCUGCGCAACUACGAAUACUACAAUACAGUUCACGGACCACAUCGAGGUAACUCCCACGGUGAUUACCGUCCACCAAACUUCGCUCCGUCCAAUAUCGGUUACGGAGGUGGUGGCUACGACGGCGGUUACGGCGGCGGCGGCGGCUAUGGAGGCUCGUACCCUAGCCAUCCUGCACAACCAUCAGAGUCAGAGUACGACUUCCCAAAACCGAAUCCUCCGCCGAGUUGCAACUGCAAGGACAUCGUCGACCAAAUCGACGAUCUGGAUGAGAAGAUCAUCAAGUCACUGCUAGAUUUGGAAAUUAAGGCCGAUGGCAUCCAGAGAGACGUUGGAGAAAUCCACAAAGAGACGGAAUCGGUUGCAUUCGUGUCAUCCCAAACACAGCUGAUCGCAAAUGCUGUCGACAAUCAACUAAAUAUCGUUCGCCAGAAUCUUACCAUCAUUAAGUCUGAUGUCGAAGAAUUGACUCAGUUCCAGCAAAACAUCCCUGAUAGAACUUAUCUGACCGAGGCUCUGUUCGGACUGAAGUGCAGCUAUGCACGCAAGAGCAAGCCGCUGGAUGACAGGAUCUACUCUUCUUGUGAGGAUCCUAACAUCAAGAAAACGGGCACCUACUGGAUUAAGGCCAACUUCUACAAGCCGGUAAAAGUGAUCUGCAUGCUGGACUAUGGCGGCCGAUGGAUGGUCAUUCAGAACCGUUUCGAUGGUAGCGUUGACUUCUACCGUCCAUGGAGGGAGUACAAGUAUGGAUUCGGAAACAACGACGGUGGGGAGUACUGGCUUGGACUGGACCGUAUUUACCAGUUCACCAAGAACGGUGGUGCCCAGCUUAUGAUUAUGUUGGAGGACUUUGAGAAGAACGUUACCUACGCCCAGUACGAUCUGUUCUCAAUCUCCGAUGAGAACGAUCAGUACAGGAUCCUGAAGCUGAAGGGCUUCCUCGGCGGUGCUGGCAACUCGUUUGAGGCUGAGGGCAUGCGCUUCUCCACCUUCGACUACGACAAUGACAAGUUCGAUCAGAACUGUGCUGCCCAUACUCACGGUGCCUGGUGGUACAAAUCUUGCGGGGACAGCAACCUUAACGGUCUGUACCUGAACGGACCUACGCUAGAGAAGACCGGUAUCUACUGGAAUUCGUUCCGCGGAUACAACUACAGUUUGAAGAAGACCCGAAUGAUGCUCCGACAAAUUGGUGGUGGAACGGGCUACUGAACGCGGCAAACUUGACUUUUUAGCUAUAGUGAAUAACAAGCAAACACAAAUCGUUCAAUAAAGUUUGACACGUUUUUGGACAAA